GAUACUUUCAGCGACAAAGGGUCAAUAUUGCUUUAGUAUAUUUCGUCACAUAUACAUGUAUAUCUAUAUGUCGGAGAUGAAAGGACACCGGAACCUUUGGAUAGCCCCGAAACAUUGCAAUCUAAAGUCUACUAUAACUGUAACUAAACUAUUGUAGUUAUUCAAUCCGAUUGUAAUUGUUCGAGAUUAGUGACGGUGAGCUUUGGCUCGAGGUGACAGUCUGUCGCCCAACGUAGCCGCGGUCAAGGGAUGAACGCUUUGCCUAACAAAGGUAUGGAGUAAUUCUAUAGCUCUCCUUAAAAGAAAUAUUCGUGGCGACACGCGACAGUAAACAUUUCAACGGUUUCUGUCCCGUGGCUCGCCACACGCAGACCCUAUUCUUCGAGUAAGAUGAUUGCCAGAUGUCGAUGCGUCUCCGCAGUACAUGUUCGGCUAGCCCGAGGGCCCGUUAUAAAUCUUAAGAUUUAGUCAACUAAAGUCCUUCAAACAGACAAACGGUCUUUGUCCCAACUACGGGAAGAAAGGGGAGACAUAUUUUUCAACGGGCGGCGUCUCCCACUAGCAACUUUCCCUCGAGGGCGGCUAGCAUCUUUUUCUAACCACCGAUAUGGAGAUUGACCAAUUGACCAAUUAGCAGCAACGUCAAUUUCACUUACUUCCUAAACGAAGGCUUUCCUCGACGAAUCCGAUGAUCUCGUGUCCUUAGACACACCCCAUUAUAGUUUUCCUCUGUGGCAUCAUCGGGACGGGAAGGGCAUUCUUUUACGCGCUCCAGUCGACCAAAGAGUAACGUCUUUACGCUCAGCAAUUAUUUUUACGAGUCAGACUUAGAUUCAGCGAGAACGCCCAUCUGUCAUCCCGUUGGCCGCGGAUUCGUUAUUGAACCGGAGACCACUCUCACUAGUGUCGCGGACGUCUCACCGCCGUGGUAGAUUGUCAAACCUGUGUUAUUCAUACCUGUGUCAAUAAAUCGUAUCUUCGUUACACCGCAACGAUGGUUACCUUCAAUGAAGACUCCUCAAACACCGACAACCCUAUCCCCAAUGUCAUUCCGACAUAUAUAUCCACCGAAAAUGCGCUCUUGUAGACAAACGCUCGAUUCGCGUCAUAGCUUUUAAAGCUUGUCGCAUCUCAAUCCGUUGGAAAAAGUUUUUCCUGUAGCAUAUUUUAUUUUUACGAACCAACAAGGUCUUUGUUUAUUUCCUUCUGUUUUUUGCUCCAAUUUCCCCAUUGUUUUUUCAAGGAUAGUAUUUCAGAGCCACUAGUCGAGUUUAUUGUAACAAUAAACGUACGUUUCGGAAACAUUUUGUGCUGUGAAACAGAAUACACUAAAGUUUGAAGAUCACAUCGAUUUUCGAAAGUUUAUAAAUGGAGGUGUAUGACAGUAUCACCAGCUGUUGCUGUCCAAGUAACUCCAACAUCGAAAUACUACAACGAUUCCAAUCGAAAACGCUAAGAGCCUUAAUAGACGCACCUUGGUAUGUUACCAACGAAACCAUCCAUCGCGACCUCAAGAUACCUACAGUCAAAGAGGAAAUAGCAAGAUAUAGCGACAGAUAUAGCAAAAGAGUCAACAAACACCGAAACCCCCUAAUCACUGGACUACUCGAUACGACGGAUCAGAUUCGAUUUCUUUUUACUACAGACAUGCAAGAAAUUCCGUGUUGGAGAGCGAUGUUGCGAGUUCGAGUGCCUGGACCAUCUGAAGAACGUUACCGGAACUGGUAUAGUUUAUGUCGUUGAUGAUAAUAAUUCCUCCACGACUCAGCAACAAGAGCUACUCUGGGUGAUGAGCUUAAUGGUGCUGUUGCGGCUAUUUUAAUUUUUCAACAGGGAUCCAAAUGGCGCCGUUGACGAAAUUCUUUCAUUAUAAACGUCAACGAUCAACAUCAGCCAUCAGGGAACGAAGAAGGUACGCUGUAACGUGUCUGAGUAAUUAUACCUCGAGGAGCACAUACAGUUAUGUAAUGAAGAUUCGUAUGUGAGUGUUUGUUUUCUUAUUUCUUUUCCCUUUGUUUCAUUUGAAUGGAUUUUUGUACUCAAAGAGCGAGGUAAGAUUACGUCAGAUACGUUUUUACAUAUGCUAAAAAAAUGGAAAAUGAUGAUGAUGAAUCAAUGACACGUAGAAAAUUAUAAUCUAUUGUAUUGCUGUUAUCUAAUGGUGUUGUAAUUGACUGUAUGGUGGAUGUAUCUAAUGGUGUUGUAGUUGACUGUAUGUUGUUCAAUAUUGCCAUGAAACUCUUCUGAUUCAUUGUCACUUAUACGAAGUAUGGAAGUAUACGAAAUUGAUAAAAUUAUUAAUAAUAUUUACGAAGAGAAAGUAAACUGUUGGAUAUAUGACAAAAUAAUUCUAUUUUAAAUAAGAGACUGGUCAGCGUGGUUAUUUUGUUUACAAAAUCAAACGAAUUUAAUGAAUGUAAUGAAUUUGUUCUUAACCUCUUGCUUCAUAACUUCCUUAAUUAUACUCUUCAAACUUAUUGACUACUUCGACGUUGUUAGGAACAGAAACUGAUAAAAUAUUAAUCUUAAAUAUAGAUUGAAAUGAAAGCUUGUCAGGUAAAUAUAUACAUAUAUAUGUACUACUUACUCAAACUAAGGAUCACAUAACCUAUACAAAAAAAAAAUUAUUGUACACUAUAAAGCAAGAGGUUAAAUCUUUAAUCUGUUAAGAAUUAAAUUUUUUAUUGUAACUGCGAAAAUUAUAAAAGUACCAAGCGAAGCAAGUACGGAAUAUAUGCGGAAUAUGAAUCGCUCAACGAACCAAAGAGCGGCUCAGUGACAAAAUUAGUAAAGUAAAGACCACAAAUAUUACAACAUUAUAUUCUACCACAAAAUAAUUCUCUAUACAAAAAAGGUAUACAAUGAAUCGAUUUUUCACAACGAUAGGAGUCAACAGAACCAAUCAAGACCAGGCGAGACUCUCAUAAGACAACGAUAUCAGAGGGAUCAAAUCAGCGACUUCAAUCUAUGUUACAGAGUAUAGUUAUCAAGAAAAAUUGCUCUUUUCAUGAAAAGUGUGGUAAUGAUACUUUUAUAAUACAUUGUAUAUCUGGCAGUCGGAUGUGCCCGUGGCCAUCGGAAAUGUAAAGACGACGCUUUUAGAAAGUGAUAGCGCCAUCGCGUUUUAAAAACGCGUUAGAAGAAGGACGGUUUCGCUAUCCAAGGCGAAUCGAAAAGUGUGCGUGUUGCGAGAAUCAGAGUUGAUCGAGACGUCGAAGCAUAGAGUCGUUAGAAUUGAGUUGCGAGUGUUGUCGAGUGUUAGAGUUGCUAGUGAGAGAGAGAGAGAGAGAGAGAGAGUUACCAAAUAGUUGUCAAGUUAUUUGUUGUAAAUACGAGCGUUGCAUUUAGUUUUCCUGUUAAUCAAACAUCGUUUCUCUGUCUAACUAAUAUCUGUAUUUUCAAUCCAUUAUUAAUAUAUUCCGAUAUUACAAGUGGGGGCUCGUCCGGAAUUGAAUAAGACAGAGAAACGAUACGAUUUAACGGAGCUAUUUGUGCGGAAGUAGAAAAGAAUAGAAUAAAAUGGCAAACGUUGAAGACGAACGAUUGUCGGGUGAAGAGGAUUUGACGCUGGAGGAGCUGAGGAGUAAGCUCGCACAGAUGAAUCUGCCUAUAUCCGGUGCGAGAUCAGUGCUGGUUGCCAGGUUGAACAGAGCGUGCAAACCUGGUCGAUCUACUCCUAAGGAUUCGAAGCGUGGCGAAGAACCAACAAACCAGCGAGAUCUAAGAAGCAAGCAGAGAGCCGAACGCAGUCAAGAGGGAGAGGAAGACCUCGAGAAGCUGAGGACGAAAGAGCUGAGAGCGCGUCUCGUUAGCUUGGGGUUGAAGGUAACGGGAAGAAAAUCCGAACUACGCGCGCGGCUACAGGCGGCCCUAGAAGGAGACGAUGUAUCGUCGGAAGAAGAGAGCUCCGACGAAAGUGAAGGCGAGGACGAUAAACAAGGCGCGCGAGAAUACAGGAGAGGCACGCGAGCGGUGUAUCAGGACCGCGAUGAGUAGCAGCAGAAGGUAUGCGUCGGUUCGAUGUUGAGUCUUAAAGACGUGGAAGACUCAUUAGAGAAAUUCAGCGGGGAUGAUCUGCUGAGGGUAAAUCAGUGGGUGGAAGACUUCGAGGAAAUGGCAGAAGUGUGGGGUUGGUCAGACGCCCACAUGGUGGCCUAUGCUAAGAAAUUACUCGCAGGCUCCGCUCAGGCCUUCGUACGACAAAAACGAUGCGCGAAGUCCUGGGCAAAGCUAAAAAAGGCGUUGAGGAAUGAGUUUGAAAAUGUAGUAAGCGACCAACAGAUACAUGGCGAGUUAUCCCAUAGAAAGAAGAAAGCAGAUGAGAGUCUGCAACAAUAUAUGUAUCACAUGUGCGGGAUUGCAAAACAAGGAAGGGUUGAUACGCAAUCCUUGAUAGACUACAUUAUUCAAGGCAUUCCCGACGAGGUCGCGAACAAGACUGUGCUAUACGGAGCCAGGAAUAUCGAGCAAUUAAAAGAGCGUUUCAGGCGCUACGAAGCGAUAAAAAGAGAUAUGGAGAUGAGGACGAAAUUUGAGGAGCCGAAGAGUAGCAGGGUAAAGCCGGUGGCGAAGCUGUCCGAAACCGAGAGGAACAAGGAACCCGGUCGAUCUGGAGAUGCGAGGAAGGCGCGAUGCUACAAUUGCGGUGAUGCGGAGCACGUGUGUGCGGAGUGUCCGAGCAAGUCGAGAGGACCUAAAUGCUUCAAAUGUAGGGAGUACGGACACAUCGCUUCAAGUUGCGACAAUUUGGGUGAGCCCUCAAAAAAAGUUUACAGCGUGUUUCGGUCGUUACAAACAAGGCGUGGUAAGGAUGUUAAGAUGGAAAAUUUCGAAUUGAGCGCGUUGAUAGACACCGGUAGUGAGCUGACUCUAAUGCGAGCAGAUCAGCAUGUGAAAAUCGGAGCGCCCAGAUUAAGUCGGGAAAUCGUUGGAUUUCGCGGUGUCGGUUCCGGAAGUAAUUUUACGCUCGGGAAAUUUUCGACGAACAUUAUUAUAGACAAUGAGUCGUACUGUAUAACCAUACACGUAGUUCCAGACACAGUGAUGCAACAUUCGCUUAUUAUUGGCGCAGACUUUUUGGACACUGUUGAAAUAACUAUAAAAGGGGGAGAAUCUUUUAUUAGUAGAAUAAAGGACGAAAAUCCCGAUGAGUGUCCGGAAGUCCUCAAGAUAGAUGUAGAGACACAGGCGAGUGAGAUAGAUUUGUCACACGUUAAGGACAUGCAACAUAGGCUAAAAAGAGAUUUGAAGAGAACCAAAGCAUUGCUAAGAGACGCUCAAACGAUGCUGGAGAGAUCAAAAGGUGACUCGACGGGUAAAGCAGCUUUACGACAGCUGAAGAACCAGUUAGAAGAUGCAGAAUGCGCUAGAGCAGUUGCAGUUAAAGCGAAACAGGCACUGGAGCAAGAACCGAAUGAGACGCUGGCUUCGUUGCAGGAAGUACUGCGGCAACGUUCCGAAGCAGAAGAUCGUGUUAAUGUAGCUAGUCGCGAACGAACUGAGCUACUGUCGCAAUUGGAAGAAAAUAAAGAAGAGUUAGCAGAAGUUUUGAAGAAGUAUCGGGCAGCUGUGCAGCAAGUGUCGGAGGAACGGAGAAUAGUGGCAAGACACGUGGUGAUUGGUAAAGUGGACCAAGAGAUGGUGUCCUCGUCGGAUUCUUGCGGCCAGCAGGAGGACUUAGCGAACAUCACGAGGAGGAAGAAUCUGGCUAAGGAUGUUGUUGAUGAUAUUUGCGAAUUUACUGAGAAGGAUAGCGUUGCGGGUGCGAGGGUUGUUUCAAGUUUUCGGAUAGACUCGAAGAGAGUGAAUGCAAGGCGAACGAAAAGACAAGGGAAGUCGCACGUGCGGAAUCCCUCCAAUAAUAUCGAUAUACAGAGGAUGUGGAUGACGAGGACGACGAUGGGAUUGUCGAGGACACGAUGAACGUGAAGACCUUCGAAAAAGAAGAGAUCAUAGUCUCGGUAGAUGGUAAGUUGUUAACGUCUUCCAUGUACGAACCGAGCCUACGAAAAUGUCACGAUGCUGCCACGACGAUCAAAGCCCCUGACAAGAGUGAAAUGGGUAAACAAACAACGGAGAGGAAGAUAGAGGAAGAGCGAAAGAGGAG